CUUCUAAUUCUAACCUCACUUUUUCAUGCAAGAGAAGAAAUAGUAUUGAUCAGUCUAGUUUCAAGUGAUUUUAUUUUCAUUCUAAGAAAUUAUUCGUGUUUCUGUGAGUAAUCGAACGUUGAAUUUCGGUUAUAAUGAACGAAUUCUUUUACCUUGAUUGCAAGUUGUAGGUCUGGCCCAGGUUCAAUUAAAGAAACCAAUGCUGUUACAUUCAAGAGGUAUAUCGUGCUCUCUAUGAAAACAUUGUUUGGUGAAGUAGGAGGCUGCAGUAACAUAGACUUAUUGACGUACAACCCUUCAGAGAAAAGAGCAGUCCUACGGUGUUCGUCUAACGUGUAUGUAAAGCUGAGAUCAGCUCUCACAUUGUUUGAGUCCGAAGAUAAGUGCAGCAUUAGAGUGAUUAAUAGUUCGCCUAUCCUACUAUCAUUAAUUUCAAACUCUAGGUCUUUUUGCCACGAAUAAAAAUCCUUUAUUAAAGUUAAAAUUUCAAUUGAAAAGAUGUCUUAUUGUCGCCGUGAGGGUAAAGACUCAAUAACUUUUGUCACAAAGGAGGACCAUGAAAAGCCGAGUUCAGUAGUAAUACCGGAGCCAGAACCGGGACCAGGCCUGAUCAUGCCUGACGGAUCUAUCAACUGGAACUGCCCUUGCCUGGGGGGAAUGGCAACGGGACCGUGCGGGAUGGAGUUCCGAGAUGCCUUCACGUGUUUCCACUACAGUUCAGCAGAGCCCAAGGGCAGCAACUGCUAUAGUGUGUUUGAGGAAAUGCAAGAUUGUAUGAGUAAAUAUCCGACAGUAUAUAAUAAAGAUGAUGAAGAGGAUUUCCCCUCGAUGAGUGAAGCAGAUAAAAAUGUUACAAACUCAACUGAAGACAAGAGUUUAGAGAGUACGUCUAGCAAAACAGAAAAUACGAUAGAAAAGAAAAAGUAGUGUCAUUAGCACAUGAGUAGUAGUGUUACAUAGUUGUUAUUGUUAAAACUUAAAAAAAUUGUGGGGCAUUUCGUUUUGCCAUGAUGUAAGCUUCUCAAAGAAGCGACAAAUAUUGAUUGUGUUCUUAGUCUUAUGCUUGAUAUAUUAAACCACAAUAUAUUUUUUGUUUACAAAAGUUAAAUUAUCUAACAAUAAUUUUAUGUCCUUGUUGAUAAGACUAAAUUGUUAUUUUCACAAUAGAUAUUUCAUCUAGUAAUUUUGAAGUGUUUUUCAUUGGUUACUGAAAUUUAUGAGCAACACAUUUCUUAAACAUGAUGAAUAGAGAAAAUGAUAUACAACUAAAAUUGAUUAUUGACCUCAACAAAGUUAGUAGUACGUUUAGUUGUAUUUAAGUCUACAGAUUGACAAUGUUUAAGUUCUCUUAACAAUCCACCUGACUAAGAUUUUCUUUUAACAACAAAACCAGCAAAUAUAAUUUUGGCUGUUUUUACAGAUUUAUAAAAUGUAUCUCUUGUAAUUUAUAUAUACAGUUAUGACACAUAAAACAUUAAUUAGUAUUACUGUACACAAGAUAGCUUUAAUUGACAGAGCUGCUUCAGUCAGAGUCAUCAUGCAGCUACAUGUCAAGCAACAACAAUACUGAGUAUCAUUUGUGUUAGGAAGGAAAAAAUUAAGAAUGACAUUAGUGUUUGUAUCAAUAUGUAAGUUAAUUCAUUAUGACACUGUCCUUUUUUCCUAAACCUACCAGUAAAUGAAAGUGGUAAAGUUUGCUUUAUAAAAUUUAAAUGAUAGAAUAGGAUUGGAAGACUUUGCAUUUAUAUAUAUAAAUUCAUUCCUAAUGGCCACAAUGUUCAAUGUAAAGAAACAUAGUGUAUAAUAUCCAGGUUGUUUUGUUUAUGGAUAAUGUUUCAUCUACUUUACAUUGUUGUUUUGAAGGAUGUAUAACUUUUAUCAAACCAUUUUCACUAUAAACUGAACAUAUUGAAGUACUGGUAAGUGUGUUACUGUAUCUCCAUAUUUACAUAAGAGUAUAUUAGUCAUUUGUUGAAAUGUGUUACUAGUAAUAACAUACUUGUAUGAACUCAGUUAAUAUGCUUUUUACAAACGUAAUAAUUAUUAUUUCUCAGUUUUAUGAUUAAAGUGAUUAGCCUAUAUUAAGAUUAAAUCUUGAUUUCUCAGGUGAAUAUUCUGAAGGUGCUUACAAAUGUAACCUUUAUGGCCAUCUUUGUGAUUUGUUAAUGUCUGUAUUCUGUACUUAAAUUUAGUUAAAUAUAGAGAUGUGUUACAUAAAAACUAAAUUUUUUUCAUCAAAUCCUUCAAAAUGUUAGUAAUUUAAAUGUUGUUAUACUUAAGUACAACUAUUUGAUUAGUUCUUAUAAAUAUCCUCAUGAAUGGCAGGUUAGGAAGGAGUGGUAUCAUGGGAUUUUGAAGAAAAUAUUCAAGUGUCCCAGAUAAGGCACUCCUGGAUUGUCCAGGUAUUUAAAAAAAUACUGUUACAUCAAAUCUUUAAAAAACUGUACAUCUUAAAAAGAGUGAGAUUAACUCGUUUUCCCAGAUAACCAUGAUUUGGGAUGUAAAUGAAUAAAUGCACUUUCACAUGAGUUUUCAUAAUUGUUUACUAGUAUUUGAGCAGUAGAUCUACAUAGUUCAAUCAAAGUAAAUCUGGUGGAUGUACGUCUUAAACUCAAAAAGAAAA